GCCUUGCCUAACACAAGUUAUAAAUUCGGGCACCGCCGGGAAUCGAACCCGAUACCCCAGGAUUACAAGGCCACAGCUAAACCACCGUGGCUGACAAUGGGCACCUACACCGCAACAAAAUCCUCAAAAUCUUUCAUAUAUACAUAUAGGUCGACAGGGAACCACAACCCGUAAAAUUACAAAGGACGGCUUUACAGCCACCGCGAGAACCUUAAACCUCAUCUUCCUGUAACUCGUGGUGGGAAAAAAUACUUUAUUUGUUUUUUAACCAUCUUCGAGUAUUUUUCUUCAUUUUCGUGGAUUUUAGAGAAAACCAAAUUGUCAUUGUUUUCACGAUUAUGUAGUAACCGUGGGUUUACUAAGUGAGACAAUUAUUAUCAUGUUGGCAAGCCUGCUAUCGUAGCAGAUAUUUACGAGGAACGUGGGAAGUAUUUAAAACGUAUAGAAGCGUAUGUGGUAUUGUAGGUUAUAAUGUUAUUUUAUUCUUUCUUCAAGUCGCUUGUGGGAAAAGACGUUGUAGUGGAGCUGAAGAAUGAUCUGAGCAUAUGUGGCACCUUACAUUCUGUUGACCAGUACUUAAACAUAAAGUUGACGGAUAUUAGUGUCACAGAUCCAGAUAAAUAUCCCCACAUGUUAUCAGUGAAAAACUGCUUCAUCCGUGGCUCUGUUGUACGUUAUGUUCAGUUACCAGCUGAUGAAGUAGACACUCAGCUUCUACAAGAUGCUGCAAGGAAAGAAGCAGCUGUACAGUCUCGUUAGUGUUAGCAAAGUCAUUGCCUUUCAUUUUUUAACACCACUCGUUACCUUUUGCCCACUUUUUGUGUUGGUGACUGGGAAAUGGAAUUAUUCAAAACCUCAUUAAAUAUACAAGAGAAUGACUGAGUGAAAGGUAAGCUUUGGAAUAGUACCUGCAGAAGCAAUGCAGCAAUGGACUUUUUAUUCUGUUAUUUAUUUUCUGUUCUGAAUGUCAUGUGAAAGAAGUUUAAUGUUACUGUAACAGUUUGAAAGGUAUGUUGCGAGGCAAAGGAAAAAUUGUAAGUUAUGUUUUAUAGUGUGGUGAUAAAAUUUACAAUGCGACAUUUUUAUUUUCAGCUAUUGUUAAAUCUUAGAUGACAUAACUCUUAGAUGAAGUACCGGGUCUACAAUUUGUGUCUUUCGGGGCGUGGCUUGCGUUUCGUGGUCGGCCGGCGAUCUGUUGACGUCGGCAGGACUGGUGCGUGUUCUUCCUGUGAGUCACAGGUGAAUCAGUUUCAGUGCCGCUAGUAACAGGGAGCUGCGAGUGUUUCUCGUCACUGAUACAUGUUAUUACAUUAAUUGUUCUUACCUUAAAUCACAAAAGAUGUUCAAAGUGACUUCCUUGUGCUUGCAGGCAAGCUUCACAUCUUGUUAACAUAUUUCUAAAUACUCGACGAAGCUCUUCUGGGAUAUUGCCGAAAUGAAUUGUCGUUUCCUGUUGUUUUUAUCCAAAGCUGAUCCUGUACUACAAAUUUUUUUUACUAAGCUCUCUAUCAUGAGCCUGCUAGGAACGCUUACACCAGGAAAAUGUCUGCAAAAUUUACGGCGGCAUCUUCCGUAGGAUGAAUAUUUGGCAUAUGUUUUGACUAAGGACACACUUAAUACUAUACACCAUAUUAUCAACGUCAAUCCGCUACAAGAGACGCAAUGAAACUGAUUCGCCUGUGACUCAUGGGAAGAACACGGACUAGUCCCGCCCACGUCAACAGAUCGCCAGCUGACCGCGCGGUGUGGGCGCGCCUCGAAAGACAUAAAUUGUAAAGCCGGUAUAAGGAAGACACAUAAUGAGUAAAACAACAGUUACAUUAUCAGAAACUUUAUUUUUUCCUACAUAGCAUUUUUUUUGGUAAAAAAGGAAUGUAUGUGUGAGUGAGUGUAUGAGAUAAUAAUAUGUAUUGUACACAAAAAUCAUGAAAUAUUUUGCAGAGAUUGAGCAGUUAGGUAGUCAAAAUUUGAAUCUUUAAAUGAUAUAGAUGCUUGAUGUCAUUAUCAAGUAGUUGAUACUUCUGUUUAAUAUUCAAAUCAUAUGUGUUCAUACCUUAGUUUGGAGGCUGGCUAUCAUACCUUUGUUAUGGUUUAUGUUAGUUCCUCCAGGUAAAGGUUAGAGAAAUACUAUAAAGUAAGCUACUGCUGCUCUUUUCUAUAUAUUUUGCAAUUUACCUUUUUCAUAUCAUCAUACCAUUUGAUGGUACAUAACCCAAAUAGCUGAUAAAAUGCCAUUAAAUAAGCCAAGAAUUAAUCAAGAAUAUUGAUUUUGGUUUUAGAUGAAAUGACUGCAAGGAAAUUAAAUUUUUUUUCUAGAAUAUUAUGAUUCUGUAGUCCACAUGGUUUUGUGUUAUAUUCAUUGCAGGCGUAAUAACGUUCAGAAACUAUGAGAGUAAAUACGAUUUAACAGUAAGAAUUAGAUACAUUCGUUUCCAAGUAUCAUUUAAAUUCACUAAUCAGUUUAAGGCAUGACUAGCUUAUAUUUUUCCAUGUAUUUCUAAACAACUGUAAAUGGCAAUAAAAAUUUAUAUUGUAGAAAUGUCUUAUCAUUUUAAAUCUUUGAUUGAAUUAGGGAUUUAUGAAUAACAUUUCUGUCAGAUGUGUAGGAACUGGUAUAUUUUAUGUAUAUUGCUGUAAAUAAAUAAAUGUUUAAAGUGGUCCAUAGUCAUGCAGAUACACUGUACUGCAUGGCAUAGCAUUUAUUUCCAGACAUAUUUGAAUAUUCUAGGAGCAACAUGGACCUCGAUCUGGUGAUGAAGGCAGUUGUCAAGCAGUUCCUCAUUGGCAAAGGUACGUGUUGCACAAAUCAUAGGUGACAGUGGAGAGAGACAUGUUUUGUUGGGCAUGAAUCAGUUACUUUGUUAGAUUUUAGGUUUCUGUGGUGAUGAAACUGUGGAUUGUGGUCUUGGGUGUGACAUCCUGUACUCUUGUAGGUUGUCACCAGUAUUCCUCCAAAAUGGGAACCAUCUGCAGACAACACAAUCUAGAAGAUCACAAUCCACAUAAUUUACAUUGCCAAACUUACAAAAUAAAACUGAAAUUCAUGUGGCAACACAGUUUCUUGAUUAUUAAUAUAUUUUGUACAUUGUGUAUAGUAUGUGUGUAUUGUUAUUUAAGUGCUCUGUUGAUCCAAUUUUAAAUGUUACAAUAUUGUUUAAAAUAGGAGAUGGAGAGGGGAGAAAUAAAAAGAUGCAGUUUAUUAUAUUGUAAAAUACA